AUGCAAGUGAAAUUCCCAGAAGCUGCUCGACGGAAAACUAAGUUCAAGGACGUCGGGAAUUUCUCCAUGAAAUUGUUACGUCGAUCAGUUACGAUGUUCAAGGAAUGCGCUAUUGAAAAUGCCUUUUUAAAAUGCCAUUGUGCUUUUGCCGAUGCAAAAACGAAGCGUGUGGAGCGAAAUGACAAGGCCAAAGAAGGUGGGUGCUGGGUAGGACGCCAAUACUCAAGAUUGAAAAGAAACCUGGUCUCCCGCUUCAGUCGUGGCGGUCGCUCCGCAACGCCGGACCAAUUCAUGACCAAGUUCACGCCGGAAUCUGUCGACGAUCCUCAGGAGCCGAUGUACCGAUGGUCGAGCGCCACAGUUUGCUGCGGAGUGCGUCUGGCUUUUGAUACCUCACUGCGACGCCAUUAUUACUGGCUAGCAGUUGUCUCGAUGGCAGUGCUGUACAACGUACUGUUCGUCGUGGUCCGCGCAGUGUUCUGGGAACUGAACGACCUGACGUGGGCCUGGUACGUGUGCGACUACAUCUGCGACUUCGUGUACUUAGUUGAUAUAGUUGUACAUAUGCAUGAAGGGUAUCUUGAACAGGGACUGAUGGUCCGAGACUCUGCGAUGCUACGUCAGCACUAUAUAAGAUCCGGUUUAAUGAUAAUUGAAAUACUUUCGGUGAUUCCUACCGACAUCCUGUACUACUGGUGGCGCCCAGGGUCGUGCGGCCAUGACUGCUUGCCGUGCCCCGUUAUCCUACGGCUCAACCGCCUGCUGCACAUCCCGCGCAUGUGGGAGUGGUUCGACCGCACCGAGGCCGCCACCAGCUACCCGAACGCGUUCCGCAUUUGGAAGGUCGUCAUGGCGAUUUUAGUACUGAUCCACUGGAAUGCAUGUCUGUAUUUCGUCAUCAGCUACGCAAUCGGUUUUGGAGUUGAUAACUGGGUUUACAACAUAACCGGAGGGGAAAACGCGACCCUGGCCCACCAGUACAUUUACAGCUUCUAUUGGUCCACGCUUACCCUGACCACGAUCGGCGAAACCCCGCAACCUGAGAACAACACUGAGUUCGUUUUUGUCGUAAUAGACUUCUUGGGGGGCGUGCUCAUCUUUGCGACCAUCGUAGGAAACAUUGGAUCAAUGAUUUCCAAUAUGAACGUAGCUAGAGUAGAAUUCCAGAACAAAAUGGAUGGCGUGAAGCAAUAUAUGGCUUUUCGUAAAGUAAGCGGGGAGUUAGAAGCUCGUGUCAUUCGAUGGUUCGCGUACACUUGGAACGAGUCUGGGGCUUUGGAUGAGGAAAACGUACUGUCCUCCUUGCCGGAUAAACUUAAGGCUGAGAUUGCUAUAAGAGUUCACCUUGACACAUUGCGCGAAGUGGAGAUCUUCAAGGAUUGUGAGCCUGGCCUCCUUGAAGCUCUAGUGCUGAAAUUGCGACUACAAGUAUUCAGCCCGGGCGAUUCCAUCUGCUGCAAAGGAGACGUUGGCAAGGAAAUGUAUAUUGUGAAACGAGGAAGACUACAAGUUGUAGCUGAUGACAAAAAAACCGUUCUUGCUACCCUCAGUGCGGGAUCAGUUUUCGGAGAAGUGAGUGUUUUGGAAAUACCUGGCAACACCACUGGGAAUCGACGAACUGCUAAUGUUCGCUCGUUAGGGUACUCCGAUCUGUUCUGCCUUGCUAAGAAGGAUCUGUGGGAGGCGCUCGGUGAUUACCCAGACGCUAUGCAUACUUUGAUACAACGCGGAUGCCAACUACUUCGCAAAGACGGCUUACUUGAUGAAACUGUAUUUAAAAACGCCCAAACUAACGAGAAUACUGUUCAACAAUCAAUUAAACAACUUCAGGUGUCUUAUGAAAUAAUUCGGUCCCGUUACGAGAGAUUUGUGGCGGAGGUCGGCGCGAAGCAGGCCGAAAUAUGUGAGCGGAUCAACCAUCUCUUCCUGAGAUGUACUACCCCCACCGACGAGGAUUCUGAUCAGGACUACGUCACCACUUACGACGACUUUGCAAACCAGACAGAAUUCUCGCUCACCUACCCCAUCGACAGUUUUGAGAUUGUUCGGGGAGUAAGCCCCGUCGGGUUUCCACUCCAAACCUUCAACAUUCCUCUGCGUGACCGCGGCCAAUCCUCGAGGUCCAGCGCUCAGAGUGCCCCCGGGCUCGUGCGCGCCAACACCGUGCCACGCUGCAAGUACCACGGAUGUUCUCGGCCGCGCUACUAAGCAAAAGAUGAAGAGCGGGUGGCAGUUUAUUUCAUUUCGCAUCGUUAGGGCAGAUGAAAUGUUUGUUUUCGUACGACAUAUUUAGUACGGACAUCUCGUACAAUCGCAAAUGCAACAGUAAGACAGAACAAACGCUCAUCUGUAACCACCCUAAGCAUAUCCGACUGAAUUUAGUUUUUACUCCACAUUUACUUUUAUUGACACCAAAGGAGAUGCAGUAAAAAAAGAUGGAGACAUCUCUCCUCUCUAUAAAGGAAUCUAUUUGUGAUCUUAGCAAUCUAAUACAGGCGAUGGCCUGUAAUAAUAGAUUGAUCUAGGCAUACUUGCAGUUUUAUGUUUACCGCGAUGUACGCAAACCUUGAUAAC